UUUAUGCUUUACUAUAUUCCGUGAUAGCUGUUGUGCACUUGUCUUCCAGAUAAUCUAGCUAGUGGAACCAGACAAUGCUACUGGAUAAGGGAUACUGGAUGUGACAUGGAAGAGUGAAAUGCAGGGAAGGUGCCAGGAAAACCUUUUGCAGGAUCUACUAUAUAAGGAGGGGGGUUUCCUUACCCUGCAGAUGCAUAAGCACGUGAAAUAUAGAUAUGUAGAUAAUAUCAAACAAUACAAAUGUCAAGUAAAAGGCACCCGCUGGUGGUUAGUGGUGUGGUGGGAGAUGUUCUGGAUCCUUUUGUGGCGACAACUGAGCUCAGAGUCUACAGUGAUGGCAGACAGCUGUUUAACGGGUGCAGCUUGCGACCUGCGCAGGUGGCCGGCCGUCCUAGGGUUGACACUGGAGGCGAUGAUUUCCGCACAUUUUAUACUCUUGUGAUGGUGGAUGCCGAUUCUCCAAGUCCCGGCAAUCCAUAUCUAAGGGAAUACUUGCAUUGGUUGGUGACGGACAUCCCAGGAAGCACAGGGGCGAGCUUCGGGAAAGAGAUAGUGAGCUAUGAAAGCCCUGAUCCAACAAUGGGCAUCCACCGGAUAGCUUUGGUCCUUUUCCGACAACUAGGUGGGCGGGACCACAUGGCCGGCUUCUUACAUAGUCGUCGUUGGAUCAAGAUCGAGGUCGAGGAAUCUGAAAAAGAUAAAUUAGAUUAA